CCGGAACACGUCCUGGGAGUCUGCUCUUUGAACAAGGAAGCCUUGCUGGGGCAGAGCGAUGGACAGGAUUUGGAAGCUGGUUUUGUGAGUCACUGUGAACUCUCAACACCCGCCCACUUGAGGCCAACUUUGAAAGCUCAGCUUGUAUGAACUGUCGGACCAGGUCCAGGUACUGGGACUUUCUCAGUGGCCUUGUUAGCUCUCAGCCGCUGAGAACAGCCUUGAGUUGAGGAAAUUGUGGCCGGACAAACAGCAAGGCAGUUCUGCUCCCCUGUCAGUCACUCUGCUGCCGGCUGGCUGCAGCUGAGCCCGUGCCCAGCAGCGUGUCUGGCGGGAGGGGAGCCGGCUGACCCGUCUGUCCUCUGGGGAUGUGGGGGCUGGCUCUCGUCCUCACGCUUUUGUUCCUCAAGGGGCUUCAGGGCCAAGAUUCUGCUAAACGUGUGGUUGGACUCUCAGGAACAUGUCUCCGGUUAUGGCCUCCCAAGACACUGGCAAAGAACAUAGAAUCUGUUCAAUGGAAGAGGCCGGGGCCCUCACCUUCAGAAUCUUCUGUGAUACUGACAUGGAAGUGUGAGUCUGAUUAUUGCAGAGAUAAAAAUUGGACUUUGAAUCAUCUCAACAAAAGAUUCGGUUUUAUAACCCAGAACUUAAGUCUCACCAUCGAAGCAGCUCAGCAGCAGGACAGCGGCUUCUACAUCUUUGAGGCAACUGAUGAGCGUGGAAAAGUUACGAACUACACGUUCCAGGUUUCUGUAUUUGAUCACGUAGGGGAGCCCCACGUACUACAGGACUUGAAGGUCCUGGAGGGAGGGAGGUGCCAAGUGACUCUGUCCUGCUCGGUCCCCAGCGGUGAUAAUGUGAGCUAUGAUUGGUAUAGAGGGAGCGUGCUGAUCGAGACGGGAAGGAAUCACAGCACACUGGAGGACCAGAUCGAUGCCAACAGCUCGCACAUAUAUACCUGCAAUGUCAGCAACUCGGUCAGCUGGACAAACCGCACCUUCAUCCUGCACUGUCCGGGUGACUCCCAGCAGGACAAGUCUCUGCACUUGUUGCUGAUCAUCGUGGUCCUUCUAAUCACGCUGCUCCUGGGCACCCUCACCGGCUUCUGUGUGCGGAGGAGGAAGAUGAAGCAGUCACGUAAGUGGAGGGUCCCCAGGACGUGCUGUUGCCCGACCUGCCAUCCCCCAACGCACCCGCCUGGGAGCACAGCACCUGCUUCUCUUCUAGAGCGUUGGGACGUGUGUGCGUGCACGUGCGUGCGUGUGUGUGUCUGGGGGGCCUUUCUCCCAGCUCACGCCUUCCGGGGUUCCUCGAGGUGCAUACAGCCCAACGUGCAGAUUUACCUGCCGGUGGCCGGCUUGCUGGGGUGCGGCCCGGGGCCUGACGGGGUAGGUGUGUCGGGUGGUUGCUGGUCCCGUGCUGGCCUUCUGGGGAGAGCACCCGUCUGCCUCCUUUCUAGAACCUUUCUCGAGGUCUUGGCCACCUGGGCUGGAGGUGGGACCGUGCGACGCGGAAGCUUGGACAGGACACCCUCGGGAGGUCUCUGCAUCUCUGUCUCUGCUGCUUUUCUCUCACAGAGGACGGCACAGAGGAGUUUCUGACGGUUUAUGAAGAUGUCAACAACGUGCAAAUCAAGAGGAAUCAGGAGCAGAAGCCGAAUCCCCCUGGAGAAGGGAGCACCAUCUACUCCAUGAUCCAGUCCCAG